AAAGUCAAAGAUUCUACUCCUAGUCAACUCAUUAAAUCUGUGGCGGUGCUUAUGAAAUCCAUGCACAAUAAAUAAUCCCAUUUUUAAGGAUUCUUUUUCUUUUUUAUUAAAUAAAUAAUUAAAUAAAUAAAUAAAUAAACAAAGAAAUGAAAACCCUAGCUCCAUUAAACCACACACAAAAUCCUAUCUCUCUUGCUUCAAUCUCCUUUCUCUUCCUUUUUGACUAAUAUUAAUAAAUUAAGUUAAUCUGGGAUUGAGAUUGUCAUUAAUGCAAUUUUGAUUUUACAGACAUUCUUUUUUUUCUUUUUUUUUUUUUUGUGUGAAGAUUGAAAGAUUAAUACAGACUGUGGUUUUUCUCCUUCUGUAUGUAAAUUCGUAAUUCUUUUUUAUUUUUAUUUUUUAUUUAGUUUUUAGUGAUGAGGGAUAUUAGUUUGAAUAUCGAAGCAGAAAAUCAAGAAUCAUCCAAGUUUGACGAUGACGGCCAAGUUAAAAGAACAGGGACAAUGUUCACGGCAACGGCACAUAUAAUAACGGCCGUGAUCGGAUCCGGUGUGUUAUCCUUAGCGUGGGCCAUCGCUCAGCUCGGCUGGAUUGCGGGCCCCAUCGCCCUAUUGGCCUUCGCUGUAAUAACCUGGUUUACUUCAAUCCUAUUGGCUGAUUGCUACAGGUCAACUGAUGGCACUAGAAAUUACACUUACAUUGAAGUUGUCAGAUCUCAUCUAGGAGGAUUAAAAUUUCAACUUUGUGGUAUAGCACAACAUAGCAACCUUGUUGGUUCAUGUAUAGGAUACUCAAUCACAGCUUCCAUUAGCAUGGUGGCUAUGGGGAGAUCGUAUUGCUUCCACAAAUACGGGCACGAGGCCGGUUGCCAUAGAUCGAACAAUCCGUACAUUAUGAGUUUCGGAGCGAUGCAACUCGUCCUAAGCCAAAUACCGAACUUCCACAAGCUUACGAUGUUGUCUAUCGUUGCUGCUGUUAUGUCGUUCGCUUACUCGAGCAUCGGCAUUGGCCUCUCUAUAGGCAAGAUAGCAGAAGGAGGGCAAAUAGAGAGUGGCCUCACAGGGGUACCAAUUGGGAAAGACAUGUCAAGUACGGACAAGAUGUGGAAUACCUAUAAUGCCCUUGGAAACAUUGCUUUUGCUUAUGCUUUCUCCAAUGUUCUUGUUGAGAUACAGGACACAGUAAAAUCAGGGGCAUCAGAGAACAGAACAAUGAAGAAUGCUACUUUGGCGGGAAUUUCGAUUUCGACCAUUUUCUACAUGCUAUGUGGGGUUUUAGGGUAUGCUGCAUUUGGCAAUGAUGCCCCCGGAAAUUUCCUAACCGGUUUCGGCUUUUACGAGCCCUUUUGGCUCGUUGGUUUAGCCAAUUUAUUCAUUGUCAUUCAUCUUGUUGGAGCUUACCAGGUAUAUUGCCAACCAACAUUUGCGUUCGUGGAAGAAUUGGGCAGAAAAAAAUGGCCGGAAAGUAAAUUUGUGACGAGGGAAUAUUCCAUCUAUGGGCGUUUCGACCUGAAUUUAUUCCGGCUCGUGUGGAGAAGUAGUUUUGUGAUACUCACAACGGUUGUCGCUAUGCUGUUUCCAUUCUUCAACGAUUUUAUGGGGCUUUUAGGAGCCGCUUCGUUUUGGCCACUGACGGUUUACUUUCCGAUAGAAAUGUACAUUGCAAGAGCAAAGAUUCCAAGAUUCUCUUUCACGUGGAUUUGGAUGCAAAUACUUAGCGGCAUUUGUCUCGUCAUUUCACUUCUUGCGGCCGCGGGUGCUAUUCAAGGGCUCAUAAAAUCGCUCGGAACUUUCAAGCCUUUUCAUUCGGUUUCUUGAAAU